AAUAAAAAGCUGGUUUUCAAAGCAGUCCAAAACAUACUGCUGCAUUCAUUAUUAAACAGUAAGGUAGAAAACAAUUCCAAAACACCCCACGCAUCCGACUUGAAGCGAAGUGAAGUGAAGUGGGCUUUAGUAUGGUAUAUCAUGGAAUAAAGAAUGAUUUAUAAACUAUACAUUGUAUUAUUCCACUACGAAAAAGCUCGAGAAGAUACAUUAAGACGCCUACACCAUAAGUUUUUCGCCUAGUGACAUCAUUGCUUGAUUGACGUACAUAAGUAGAUACGUAUUAGGACAAUUUACAAAUACUCACAAGCCACAGCUGCAUACGUAUAUUUCUUGUUUGAAUGUAUGUGUAAGAAAACUUCCUGAAGGGGGUGAAUGGAGACGUUGGCGGGUGUUUCAUUCAAAACUUUUAUAGAUGCACACUAAACACGAACACACAUGAGCAAAAGAAAAGUAUAUAUCCAAACUGGAUGAAUGAAAAUUCAUACAUUAAGAAUCCAGAUGAGAGUCCAUAAAAGGAUGUCCUGCCAUGAAAACCAUGUUAUUCAGUUGGAGUCUUUGAAGCUUUAUGUAUCAUAGAAUUAAAAUUAAAGUGUAAUGAAAAAUGAUAAAAUAUAAAAUUCUUAAAACAACAAAAUUAAAGUUUUCCCAAAGUCAUAAUAAGUGAAAGUAACUAAACUUAAUAAAAAUUUAAAAAAACAAUAAUUAAAAUACAGAAAACAAAUUAUUAAAAUUAAAAACUUCUCUUUAUAUGAUUUCUUCUGAAACGGCAUUUAAAAGUGUUAACAAUUUAUAUAUUGCAUAAAAAGUGCCGGCUUUAAGUUCAUACUCACUUAAAAUAUAUCUUAGACUUUAUUAACUAUAAAAGAAGAACUUUUAUUGCCAAAGUGUGCGUGAUUGGCUUCUGUGAACUUUUCUAUUGAAAAUACCUGUUGGAAAGUAAAAUUUAAUAUUCUUCCCUGGAUUUAAAAAAUCAAUAGCACAAUGAAGUUGCUGAUGGUGGUUGCAGCCAUUUGGUUUUCAAUUGGAACAAUAAAUUCUCUGACAUAUCCAAUUUUUGGCACAAAAAGAUAUAACCGUGGUUUGGCGCCUCAGAGAUCAGAUAUGACUCAAAACAUUCUGAAACAACCUGCGUAUGAACACGGCUAUUUAACAAACAAUGGUUACUAUUAUUAUCCUCACCAUGAAUACCAUUCAUAUGGUAUGCCAACAUAUCGCGGUGAAUACAAACCUAAAACUUAUUACUAUUCUUCCGGACCAAGUUACAAUUACUACAACGACAGGGAGUCACUCUCGAAUCCUUUGGAUGAUCUUCAUGAGGAGAUUCUUCAAGAAAAUGAACAGGAAAGACAAACAGAUCUCCUUCAAAGGGAUGAUUAUGAAGAUGAUUACUAUAUAGAAGACCCCAAUGAAAAGAUACACGAUGAAGAAACAACAAAUAAUUUCCUUCGAAAUAUGAUGGAGUACAAUAGACAAAGGGAAAAACAGCAACGAUUGCAACAGCUUCAUUAUAGGCAAAGAGAUCAGCUAGAUCAGGAACUGCAAGGCGAAAAAGAUGAACAUUCAAUUGCGGAUGAUGAUUACUUCUCGGAAGUAAAUCCUGAUGAUUAUCAAUUCGAGCCACAAGGUGAAGAUAAUUUCGAUUUGAAAAAAUACUGGGAUGCUGAACUCUCAUCGAUGAACAAAGGAGCUUCGUCGACUGAUUUCCAUUAUCGUGAAGAACCCGAUUUGACAAGGUUAAACAAUGAUCAAGAUGUUGAAGAACUGAAGUCCCUUUCGAAACACGACAGAGAAAAUUACGAGGAAGAUAAUAAAAAACGAUAUCACAAUAAAGUUAAACAGCCUAGUUUUAACAGUUGGACGCAUCCAAAACCAUCAGACACUGCUUCUUUCCCACAACAACAAAAGGACUUUGAAGAUGAUUACAGUGCCGUUGAUUAUGACGAUGGUUCAUGGAUAAACUGGGAUCGUAAAAGAAGUUCGCCUUCGGCUCAGAAGAAAAUUCAUAGAAUGAAAACCAUCGAAUUCAAAGCGGAACCGGAAAUUGAAAGCCACAAAUCGUUUAUAUAUACGUCCAACAAUAAGAGAAGUUUCUUUCCAAACGAGCCAACAAUGUCAACAUCAGAGUCAACAUCAGUUAGAUCGACAACCUUACCAUCGACUGCUUAUGGACAAAAAGAAAAAUACCCACUAGACGAAAGUAAUGCAGCAAUGAUUUUGGAUCAGAAAAAUGAAGAAAACAGCAAUAAAAAGUUUAGUAAAAGUGCAAUGGGAAUGGAGAAUACUAUUUAUGAUACUAUAAAGAAGAUGAUUACCAUUGAACAGGAACUGAAAAAGAAAAGAUCCAGAUCUAAAAUGCAGAAACGAAAUACAAACGAUGCAGGAAGUGUAGUCAAUCAAUUGGAUAGUCUUAAAAAACAUACAAAUUGAAAUUUUCCAUCGUAAUAUUACUAAUUUUAUUAAUUAUUUUAAAAAAUCAUUCUGACUUAGGACAUCGAUAAGUAAAUUAGUCGGAGUAAAUGCAUACCUUCAGGUUAUUUUGUUUAUAUAUUUUUUAAUGUCAUAAUAAUAAUAAUUGUAAAUAAUAUAUAUACAUACAUAAAAUAAUCAGACAACCUAUCUACAUACAUAGACUUUUAAAUAUUCUGUGUCAAGCUAUAUAAAUAACAACAAAAUACUUAUUUUAAAAAUUUGUAUAAGGUAAAUAUUGUACAAUGUACAUACUGUUUGUACAUAUACCUACCUAAAACGUACCUAUUUGCAAGUACAGAGUAUAUAACAAAUUGAGCCUUAAAACAAAAUCUAUGCAUAAACUUUUUAAGUUUUGUAAAGCCUACAAAUUUCAAAAAUUAUGUAUAUUCUAUUUGUAUAUUUUGCGUUUAGUAUAAUUUAAGUUUUGUAUCAAGACGACUCGAUUAAGAUAAGUAUUUUUCGACUUAUUCCGUCAAAAUAUGACUUUUUUACAUUGACUUUUUUCUAUUCGAUAUUUGUACAUACAUAUUUACAAAUGCACAAAUUUCCACAUUUGUGAAGGUAUCAAAAUCAAAGCUUUAAAUUUCCACUUUUGUAUGCCUUCAUUUUGUGAGAAAUGAUUUUUUCUUUAAGAAAAAUUACAAUGUGCAACAAAUUUCAUUCACUUUCAAGCUGAUAUUAAAUUUUUUGCUACUUAUUUUUGUUCAUUGGUGACAAUCCAAAGCGUGCAAUGACUAAGAAAUAAUGACAAACUAUUAUUUAGCAGGAAUUUAACUAUAAUUUUAUAAUAUUAAGACCACGUUGGUGGUAAACUCAAACCUAAACAAAGAUUUCUUGCCAAACAACCGAAAGGCAAGUGAUUUGUUUUUACAAUAUCUUUAAUUUUUAAGGAGCAAAUGCCAAGCUUCUAGUUCUUUGUCAAUUAUACGCGUGAAGUUAAGACAAUUAUUCUUUUAUAUUCUUUUAGCUGAAAAACCAUAAACAAUUAACAAAAAGGUUGAAUUGGGCGAAUUUGGAUUCUGUUUACAUCAAAAUUCUACCAAUGACUCAGAUAUUAAAUUUAGAUGAAAAACAUACAUUUUUACCAUUUUUUUUCUUUCUGGAAAAAAUUAAGAAAAACAUUAAUUUAAUGCUCAAAAGUCCUCUGAUUUUAUAUUUUUUGGUAUUGUCACCAUCUUUUGGUGGUUGUCUACCGCGGUCACGGAAGGAUUUUUGUCUAAAAAAAUAUAAAGUAUUUAAAUAUACACUUCAUGUCACAUAAAUAGGGACAAGCUUUUUUCGUUCUUAUUUGACGAUAUUUUUCAAACACUUAGGUUUUUUGGAAAAACCCAAACGUAGAUGAAUUAAAAUGCAUAUACAGUACGUAAUAAGUUUAUAUUGCAAACACACUCUUUGGAUUCAGUUGGUAAAUACAAGUUUUAUGGCGGUUUUUCCGAAGAAGGUCAUAAAAAGUACCUGGUUUUUUGUAUCACAUGAGUAGGGACAGAAUUUAAAUUUAGAUAGAUAGAUAAGAUUUUUAUUGCUCGUCUUACAUAUUUUACAUUGCUCACAAAAAUCAAAAGAAGAAUGGCAAUCUGCCGUUUGCAUAAAGCAUAUACUUGUUUUUAUGAAAUAUAAUUUAUGAAUAAACAAAUUAGGUAAAUUAUAUAAAAAGUUAUUUUGAAUAGUUUUCUAUCAAGAUGAAAUAUUAUCUUGAGAAGCUUUCAUUACAAGUUCUCCUCCUAUAAUUUAAAACCAAUUUGCAGUACAUGUAGAGUUUUUUAACAUCAACUUCGUUCAAGAAUAAUACAAUUUCAUUUUAAUUCAGAAAAAACCGUUCCAAGAACAUUUCUUCUGAUUUCUUUAAGAAUUGGACAUUUACCCAUGAAGUGAAAUAUAUCUUCUCUGACUUGUGGGUUACGUUAAGAGCAUAAUAUUGAAAAAUUCUCUAUUUGUGGAAUGGACCAUCAUCGAAAUCUCCGUGAAUAGUUCUUCGCAUCCAAAUUGUGAUUGAGUUUACUGUAAAUUGCUCUGUUCAGGGACCCAGUUGCUUCGUUAAUGCGUUCUCCCCAUAAAAUAUCAUCAACUUUUGCAAUUAGGUGGUAUACUGACUCUUUCCACUGUUUGAAAUCAAAGUUGUAAAUAUAUGUUAAGGUCCAUCUUACACUCCCUAGUAAGUUUCAUCCAUUCUGCAUAGAUUUAAAAUUACCUUUUAGUAUUAUUUUAAAUUAGAUAAAAGGAUACUCUUAUUGUUUGGGAGCGUAGUACUAGUAUUUAUUUGAUUGAAUCAAAAAGUAUAAGUAGAGGUAAAGGUCUAAUCAAGGAUGAAACUAGCCGAAUUCAAGCUUACCACGAUUUUGCAAUAUAAACUUAACACAUACCUCAUUCAACCCACAUUUGGGUUUUUAGAAUAAACCUAAGGGUUUGGAAAAUAUCGUCAAAUUAAAAACGAAAAAAGCUUGUCCCUAUUCAUGUGACACGAAGUUUAAAUUAUAUCAAAACUUUCUAUUGAAUUAAAACAAAAAAACUCUUAAAAAUAGUAAAGAAGACAAAAAGAAAGAGAAUAAAAAAGAAAUACAAGGAAUGAAAAAAACAAUAAAAAAUCAAAGAUUAAUGAAAUGACUCAAUUUUUUAAAAACACCACAUUCAUCCAAUCCAUAGAAAAAUACCUACUUCGUACAUAUAAGUACUUAAAUAGUUCUUCUUUUAAAACAAUGUUAAUACAAGGAAAUUAUUUAGAGGCGAUUAUUUAAAAAAAAAAAAAAACAUAUAUCUAUUUUACAUUUGAUAUAAAAUUAUAAUUAGUGAUUAUGGAGACUGAUUUUUAAAUAAGACAAAAUGUAUCUUAUUCACUCAUAAAACUACACACAUUGUAAAAACUUACAGAAAAAGCGAAGAAAAAUUGUUCAUAGUAUGAAAUAUCCGAGUAACUUAUAUUAAAUAUUCAAUUAGUUAUAUAUAAUAUAAUGUUAUUAUUAAAAUAAAUGUAUUUCUAGAUUAUAGAAUGAAGAAUAAAAAAAAAAUCUUAUUCACAGAAUAAAUAAAUCUUAUUCGCA